AAUUAGGGUCCAAAAAUGCUAGAAUUACAAUUCAUUUUAAUUUGUAAUGCUGGCGGCCUGGACAUUACGUCAGACAAGUGUCAAGUAACACAUGUCAUGUCAAAUUGACGUUUGUUGUAAAAACACUACAGCAAAAUGUAGUUUUCCACAAUGAAUAACAAUAAACACGACAAAAAUGUCGAAGAAAUUAAGCACAUAUUCCUCGGCUUGAACAGAGAAUUCGUAAAGUCUGGCCUCAGUACAAAAGAACUCGAAAAUGCUUGCCUGCCCCAAUGUUCAAAACACACAAAUUCAGCUUUAUUUAUAGUAUUUUUAUUGCUAGCGUUGUUGCUGGCGACUUCGUACCAAUAUGGACUAUUUACAAGUGCCAUUAGUUAUUUCCUAGGAGUGCGGUGUCUAGUCCCAAACAAUUAUUUCAUUUGGGAAGCCACAAGACCAGUGUCCAACUGCAACUUUUGUAAAGAUGUCCACAAGCCUCUUAUACUGAAGAACGUGACGCGGGAAGAAUUCGCGCCCUAUGCUUACAGUUCAAAACCCAUCGUCAUAAAACAGGCCUUUCUUCACUGGCCAGCAAUGAAAUACUUCGAUUUCAACUUCUUCAAAGAACUUUAUAACAGCAUAUCAGACUCGUAUAAGAGUGUAGACGAGGAGUGCCAAUUUCUUCACUUCAAGUCAAACUUUAUAUCAGUUCGUGACGUCUUUGAGAUGAGCGAAGCAAGGGUCCAGAAUAAACCAGGCGAAAAAUCUUGGUAUGUGGGGUGGGGAAACUGCCAUCCACAAAUAUUAGCAGAAAUGAGGAAGUACUACCCCAAACCUCACUUUCUACCAGAAGAUUGUGAAAUUCCUUCUAAAGAAUACGUUUUCAUGGGAUAUGAUGAUGGUGCCACAAUGCACCUUGAUUUUAUUAAUAGACUGAUGUGGCAAGCGCAGCUAAAGGGAUCAAAAACCUGGCAUCUGGUGCCACCACCCGAAUGUGAGGAUGUUUGCUCACAAUUCUCAUUUUUAGUUGAACCUGGAGAUGCAGUCUUGGUGGACACAAGGGUUUGGUAUCAUGGAACACAAAUCACUCCAGGACAGUUCAGCCUUUCAGUUCAGUCAGAAUAUGGGUAGUUCCCCUGCACUGGCAGCUAAAACGCAAAUUUUUGAAAAGUCUGAUCUGCAGUGCCAAUUUAGUCAGAAUCUUUAAAUGAAUUUACAAUUUUUCGCACUUAUUCAUUUUUUACUAGUCUUAUUUUAUGUAAUGUAUUUUUAUAGUUACCUGUCAUUCAUUGAUUUUAAUUCUAAUGCGUUCACAAGUGGGUUAUUUGGUAAGAAAUGGUGAAAUUAAUUAAAUUAAUGUAUUAAUUGGUGCGAAAUUUACAGUAGGUUCGAAUAAUUGUUUCAAAAUUGCCCCAAUGUGAUACCUGUUUUGUUCCGUGAUGGAAGUCCAAACAAAUAUUUCCUUUUUUUUCUAUUUUCGUAAAAAAUUGGACUUCUUUCAUGGAGCUAGUAAUAUUGUGCCAUUUAUUGUACAUCGGUAGUUUUAGCAAAAAUUAGUCAUACACCUGAAUACUCCGUAGCCAAAGUCCUUAUCUAUGUUUAUAGAUUGCAGUCAUAGUUAUCAUUACCAAAUGUUUUAGAUUUAAACGCACCUAUUUAUUUUGGUCACCUUAUUGUUAUGGAUGAAAUUUUAAUAAACGCUAAACCUUU